GACGUCUGCGCACAAUAGCCAAUGAGAGUCGAGGGAGAGAGCGAGAGCCAAUCAGCGGCGAGGCCGUGUCUGCGUCAGUGACGUGCCGUCAGUGCGUGCGCACAGCUCGCGUGCCCUUGGCGUUUAUUAAACUACACAGUCAGAUAUAUCAGGAUGGGUUUCCUUCUCUCCAAACCCAUGGAGCAGAACUUCCAGAAACAGCAGGAGUUCAUGCUGCUCAACGCGCGGCUGCAGUUGGAGCGUCAGCUGCUGAUGCAGAAUCAGAUGCGUGAGCGUCAGAUGGCGAUGCAGGUCGCCUGGUCCAGAGAGCUUCUCAAGUACUUCGGUUCCUUCUUCGGUUUGACUACUCUGGGUCUCACCAUCGGAGCUGUGAAGAAGAAGAAACCUGCUCUCCUGGCUCCUGUGGUUCCUCUGAGCUUCAUCCUGGUGUAUCAGCUGGACGCAGCAUACGGAUCACUGGUUCACCGCAUGAGGGAGGAGGCCGAGAGCAUCAUGGCGUCGGAGAGCGAGCGGCUGGCUCUUCCUCGGGGAAUGCCUACGUUUGAGAGCAUCGAGAAAUCUCGCCGAGCCAAAGCGCACCUGUCGUCUCUGCUGGAGAAAUGAAUCCUGACGUCACCUCAGAUCGACUCCAGCGGCGCUUCCUCGAUGACCUGAGGAGGCUUUCUGACCGAUCGCAGGCCUUUAACAUAAAGCCAAUACUUCGGUUUCAUUGAUCAUCAUGUGAUGAGUCGAUUCUCAGGUGUUUGUUCACACGCAUUGCCUAAUUAUUAAAUGCUUUUUCCAUGUUGUUUUGGAAGAAACGUGUUGCAUGGUGAGAUAUGUUUAAAAGAAGUGUGUGUCGUCAUCUUUAUACUUUAGUCAUUAUUAUAAUGGAGAAUAAACAGGGUUCAGUUUUUAUUGUGAUCAUGAAGUUUGUGUUCAGCAAUAAAUCAUUAAAGCAGAUUUUAAUGUUUUUCUUACAUGUAAUUUGUGUGUGUGUGAUACAUAACUACAGUAUUUUAUUUGAACUGAUUUUAUAAAAACAUAAUUUUUCAAAAUGAAGCCAAUGUCUGUUCAUGAAAAUAAAACUGAUUGUAAAUCAUGAUCUUUUAUCGGCUGAUGUUCUUUUGUAAAAUUUCUGAUUAAAUUAUGAAAGAAGAAAUCUA